GUGCAGUCGACUGGUGUUGUGCGGGAGUUGCCCCGCAAGGGACAGAGUGGUGUGCGGGCGUACACCGUCGCCACACAGAAGAAGAAUGAAAAUGAAGGAUGGGAACUGAUCCGCAUUGAGGUGUCGAAGGACUUAGAAAAUGCAUCAGAAUACUGCAGGAAGGUAAAUGAGAACAAUGUAAGAGAUAGAGGAAUGGGAUGCCAAACAUCAACGAUUACCCCUGAUCAAAAGAAGGACAUUGAGGAGAAAAUCAUUCCCGCUGCCAAGAAAUUGCACGAGGAUCGUCUGUUUGUUCGUCGUGGGAGUGGUAAGUUGAGGGUUCCUCUAUUUGAAGUUAAUAAUGAUUGCAAACAUUUUACUGUACCUGAUGAGCACCACAGUGAUGGUGUUGACGCUGACUUUGUGCUUUACGUGGCAGCUGUUCCUCUACCGUCGUUUGGUGUUACUUGUGCCGUGGAAAAUUCAACAGGUCGUCCAAUCGUUGGAGCAGUGAAUUACAUGCCCACUCCACAUGAGAAUGUGCGAUCCAGCGUUCGCCGUGUUGCACACGAGAUUGCACACGCACUGGGAUUCAAUCUUCCUGAGAUGGAGAGGAAAGGCAUUGUGACCGAAGUGGAGCUCCGU